UCGACUCGCCGCUCGACACGACGGCGCGAGGUCCGCCUCAACUAGCAGCGUGCCAGUACUGCGGCAGAUCCACAACCUCGUGCUGUCAGCCGCACGAGGCUUGUCUGUCGCCCCCACACGGCUCAAAACACUGUACUGACCACCCUGGUGCCCUCGCAGAACCAGCAUGAGCCUGUUCGGGUACGGCAGCCUCAUCUUCAAGGGCCCGCCUUUCAACCUCGAGAGCAAGCCCGGCUACAUCAAGGGCUUCGUUCGACGGUUCGCCCAAAAGUCGCACGACCAUCGAGGCACGCCCGACAACCCUGGCCGAGUCGUGACGCUCGUGAGCGAGGACGACUGGGCCAGGCACCGCAAGGACGACCCGCUCGGCUCGCACCACGUCUGGGGCCGCGUCUACCACAUCCCGCCAGAGCCGGCGCAGCGCAGCGACGAGAUCUGGGCCUACCUCGACCACCGAGAAAAGGACGGCUACACGCUCCGCCUCGUCGACGUCUAUGGCAUCGACGAGCGAGGAGACGAGGUCGUCAUCGCGUCGGGCGUCAAGGUCUAUGUCGGCGAGACCGACAACCCGUCGUUCGGAGGAGGCGAGCCCAUGGAUCAGCUCGCGUCGCACAUCGCUCGCACGGCCGGUCCGUCGGGCCCGAACAAGGAAUACGUCUACAACCUCGCCGCCGCCGUGCGCGAGCUCGACCCGCACUCGGAGGACCAGUACCUGAAGCAGCUCGAGCGUCUUGUCCGACAGCACGAUCCCGACGCUACGAGCACCGUCUCUUCCAGCAUAUAGAUCUAGACGACAGCAGCACCUGCAUCGCGCCGCAUCACGCCCAGC